GUCAGUAAGCUGAGUGGAUCGACCAGGCAGACAACUCUGAAUACCCCACUUUUCAUCAGUCAAAUUUUUGUUUCGGGUUUUUUUCCAGGGUACAAGGAGACAUCUGACUCUCCCUUCUUCAGGGGAUAAGUUUCCCUAGGAUAGCCACAGGGGAGAAUGGGGUACCCAGAUGCCUGGCUCCUACUGGUACUGCUAUGGGCACUAGCAGGAGCUCAAAGAUCAGGACCUCGGUGCCCAUCAUGUGGGUUACCUACUCUAGGACCCCAGGAAGAGAGGGCCCUAGUCCUGGAGCUGGCCAAGCAGCAAAUCUUAGAGGGGCUACAACUGACCAGCCGUCCAAGCAUACCCCAUCCUCCCCACCCUGCGGUCCUGGCCAGAGCCUUAAGGAGACUGCAGUCUAAGAAGGUGGCUCAGAUGAACCAGGUGGAGACCAUCAGCUUUGCAGCAGAAACAGGCUCCUCCUCCACUCCAGCCUGUGGAUCUAUCCUCAGCUUCCAUCUCUCCACUCCCUUGCACCUACCUCCAUACCACAUCCGUCUUUGGCUGCACCUGUAUCCCACCCUAGCUGGUACCCCCUCCAUUCAAAUCUUCCGGUGGGGUUUGGAGAGAGGGGUCCAGGGAAAUCAAACCCUGCUGGCUGAGCAUCGAAUGACCACUCCAGGAUGGAAUGCUCUUACCCUUCCUUCUCGUGCACUGGAGGGCACUGGCUCUGGUGUUCUGAAAUUCAAGCUGGUCUGCAGGCCUCAUGUAGGCAAUACCACAGCUGCCAGACACUUACUUCUGGAUACAGCUGGGCACCAUCAACCCUUCCUGGUGAUUAGGACCCAAGCCAGAGCACCUGGGGGGGAUCGGGCCAAGAGGAGAACCCCUACAUGUGAGCCUGGGAGCCUUCUAUGCUGCAAGCGGGACCACUAUGUAGACUUCCAGGAACUGGGCUGGAAAGAUUGGAUCUUGAAGCCUGAGGGGUACCAGCUAAAUUAUUGUAGUGGACAGUGCCCGCCCCACCUGGCUGGCAGCCCAGGCAUUACUGCCUCUUUCCAUUCUGCUGUCUUCAACCUUCUCAAAGCCAAUAGUCCCUGGCCAUCUGGCCCCUCUUGCUGUGUUCCCACAGCCCGCCGGCCACUCUCCCUCCUCUAUCUUGACCAAAGCGGCAAUGUAGUCAAGACUGAUGUACCUGAUAUGGUAGUGGAAGCCUGUGGCUGCAGCUAGCAAGGGGGUUCAAAGGAUUUGGAGCUAGAGAGAGUGUGAAUAGUGUUGGUCCACUGAAGAAAGGGGUCAGCAGGUCAAUGGCUGAGGCUGUCUGAUUCCUGACAUCCCCUCCCCAGGUGACCUGGCAGUCUGGCCCCAUGGGCUAACUCUGAUGAGUCCAACCUGGGACUUUAGUGUCCAGUUUCAGGCUGGUUGGAGAAUGGGGAGAUGGGUAAGGCAUUCCUCUAACUGGUUCUUACUAGAAGAGGAUUCCUACCCUGAACACUCCAUAGAAAAGAUAGUUUAAGGGGUGGGGAGGGAGGGGUCAGAAAAGUUGCUCAGUGACUUCUAAGAGAGAUAGAACUUCCUGGCCAAUAGAGGAGAGGGUGGGUAAUUAGGGCACGGGAGAGUGUGGUAUGGGGGAGAUAUAUGCUAGGAAAAGGUGCUUUGUGUGAGCUGCUUUGGUGAGGGUGCUUUGUGGGAACUGCUAAGAGGGAAAUGGGCCCAGAGAAAGAGUCUGGCACAGACUUAAGAUGUAGGAGUUUGGAGAAGCUGAUGAGCCCCAUAAAGGAUCACCCUCUAGUUUCGCCAGGGGUGAGGCCCUGCUGGGGAGAGAGAAACGUAUUUAUAUUUUCCUAAUAAAAAUGAAAAAAAAA